AUGAGGAGAAUGAUGAGUCUCCCAAGUGAAGAAGAGGGGAAGAGGUCAAUCAAGAGAUUGAGGAGAAGUGAGCAUGAGAGCAAUGAGAAUGUGCCCAUGGAAGAGGAGGAGUCAGAGGAAGAAGAGGAUGAGCUCCCCAUGUACCAAGAGCACUAUGAUGCUCUCUUCUCCAUGGACUUUGUGGAGACCAAGUACCCACAUGAUGACACAAUGAAGGCCUUGGGAUCUUUGAGGAUGUGGAGCUGGUCUCAAGAACAUGCGCUUGGCCAAGUUCUUCUCUUACCGCUGGAGUCUACAAGGAGCUCACUUGUGAGUUCUUGGCAUCAAUGA